GAAACGAACUGGCAGACGAGUGGCUUGGUUUCGGAUCAACCCCUCUUCGGUGGCAUCUCGCCGAACAUCAUUAGACCUCUGACUAUAUAUAUACGCAAGUUCUCUCCACAUCAUGAAAAGCCAUAUGAGCAAGUAGGAUGGAGACGAAAAAGAUAGCCAUAGUUGGUGCUGGGAUCAGUGGCCUCCUAGCCUGCAAAUACACCCUCUCAAAGGGUCACCAGCCCAUUGUCUUUGAGUCCCAAACUGGCAUCGGAGGGGUCUGGACGAAGACUGUGGAGACCACAAGGCUCCAGACACCCAAACCAGCCUACCAGUUCUCGGACUUCCCGUGGCCGGACUCGGUCACCGAGGAUUUCCCCGAUGCACAUCAAGUUCUCGAGUAUGUCGAGUCGUAUGCCCGGCACUUCGACCUGCUUAAGCACAUCAAGUUCGGCACCAGGGUCCUUAGCAUCGGGUAUGAUGGGCCGCCUGGCGAGGCGAUGCCGUCCUGGAGCCUGUGGGGUGGCGACGGCGGGCCGUUCUGCUCAGGCGGGAAGUGGAAGAUCAGAGUGCAGGAUUGUCUGGGCCUUCAAACUGUGACAUAUGAAGUGGACUUUGUGAUCCUUUGCGUCGGGCGAUUCAGUGACAUCCCGAACGUACCGGAGUUUCCACCAAACAGAGGCCCCGAGGCGUUCCAUGGCAAGGUGAUCCACUCCAUGGACUACGCAGCUAUGGACUACCAAGCUGCGAAGGAGUUCGUCAGAGGCAAGAGAGUGGUGGUCGUCGGGCUGCAGAAAUUCGCAUUGGACAUUGCCAUGGAGUGCUCAACCGUUAAUGGAGUGGAGCGACCUUGUACAGUGUUGUACAAAACGGAACACUGGAACGUGCCGGAUUAUCAACCGUGGGGCGUGCCUCUCGCACUUCUCUACCUCACCCGCUUCUCGGAGCUCCUUGUGCAUAAGCCCGGAGAGGGCUUGUUGCUGAGCCUCUUGGCCACAGUUUUAUCACCCCUGAGAUGGGCGGUUUCCAAGUUCGUCGAAAGCGACAUAAAGCGAAAGCUUCCGUUGAAGAAGUUCGGGAUGGUGCCGAAACACAGUUUCCUUCAAGAAAUCAGCUCCUGCUUGAUCUCGACAGUACCCAAAAACUUCUAUGACAGAGUGGAAGAGGGAAGCAUAAUCUUGAAGAAGGCCCCAGGAUUCAAAUUCUGCAAGAACGGGAUUUCGAUAGAUGGAGAGGUUGAGCCUCUGGAUUCAGACUUGGUCAUCCUCGCGACUGGGUUUAGGGGCGAAAAGAAGUUCAUAGAAGUGUUUGAGUCGGAACUGUUUCGGGACAGCUUAUCUGGACCUCCCACUUCAAUAGUUCCACUAUACAGGGAAUGCAUUCAUCCUCGGAUUCCCCAAGUAGCAGUGAUCGGGUUCUCGGAAAGCAUAGCAAACCUGUACACGUCGGAGAUACGGUGCCGGUGGCUAGCUGAGCUCCUCGCCGGUACGUUCAAGCUACCUUCCAUUAAGAAGAUGGAGGAGGAUAUAGAAGAGUGGCACAAAUACAUAAAGCGAUCUUCAGGUCAAUACUGCAGAAGAUCAUGCAUUGCUGCACUGCACAUUUGGUACAAUGAUCAACUGUGCAAGGAUAUGGGAUGGAAUCCUAAGAGAAAGAAGGGAUUCUUUGCUGAGCUGUUUGAGCCUUAUGGCCCAACAGAUUAUGUCUCUCCAUGAAGAUAAAAUGUGUGCAUCGUCAUAUUUCCCCUUUGUAUUCCAGGUUCAGCAAUUUUUCUUCCCCUUCUCUUACUGAUGUGAAGUCAUAAUUUGCACUAAAUAAUCUAUGAUUGUAUGAUGAACUUUUUUUGGAGCACAAGAAUUCUAGUUUGCCCUAAAUUUGUGGAUACGGCCAUUGAUCUACAACCUCAAAGCGACUCCUGCAA